AUGGGAAAAGACUACUACAAGGUGCUUGGAAUCACGAAAGGCGCCUCGGACGAUGAAAUCAAGAAAGCCUAUCGAAAGAUGGCGCUCAAAUAUCACCCGGACAAGAAUAAAGAAAAAGAUGCCGAAGCGAAAUUCAAGGAAGUCGCUGAAGCCUACGAUGUGCUCUCCGAUGCAAAGAAGAAAGAGAUCUAUGAUAGAUUUGGAGAAGAGGGAUUGAAGGGUGGAAUGGGUGAAGGCGGCCGCGGCGGAAUGCCAGGUGGACACUACGAAUUCCAUUCAGACCCGAUGGAGAUGUUCUCGCAAUUCUUUGGCGGCUCGGAUCCAUUCGGCGGAAUGUAUGGAGGAAUGCCCGGCGGCGGCAGCGCUUUUCACUUUGGUGGUGCAGCUCCAGGGAUGUCCGGUAUGGACUUUGGAGGACAUGGUGGGCACCGUCGACAGCGUCAAGAUCCGACGGUGGUGCACGAGCUGGCCGUCUCGCUGGAGGACAUCUACAAAGGCUGCGUAAAGAAAAUGAAGAUCACAAGAAAGGUUUUGAACGCCGAUGGGCAAUCGGCCCGGGUGGAGGACAAAGGAGACCAAUAUGCCGGACGAGUCCCUGCUGACAUUGUUUUUGUCAUUAAGGACAAAGCUCAUCCCAAGUUCAAACGAGAAGGUGCCGACUUGCGAUACGUACACAAAUUGUCACUCAAGGAUGCCCUUUGUGGAACGACCGUUGUGGUUCCCACUUUGGAUGGACAACAACAAGCACUCACGCUACGGGAUAUCAUAAAACCAAACACUACAAGGAGAAUCACCGGUCAAGGCCUUCCGAAUCCGAAGACGCCCAAUCUUCGCGGUGACAUCAUCGUCGAGUUGGUUGUCGAGUUCCCGCGCGAGUUGAACGCUUCACAAAAGGAGAUCCUCCAGAGUGUACUCCCGCCACUU